UGGAAAUUGCAGCUGCAGCCGCAUCCCGAAGGUUGGCUUCCAGAAAUGCUGCGGCGUGUGUCUAUAUAUAGCCCAUCGGUCUACAAAAAUUCUACGCCACUGGAACUGGAAGUACACCUGCACUGCACAUACAGAUAGUCUGAACUCCGACAGGCCCCCCAUGGCAGUUGACGCGCUGGAAUCGGUUGCCGUGGUGGCCGUGCCGUUCCCGGCGCAGGGCCACCUGAACCAGCUGCUCCACCUGUCGCUGCUGCUCGCAUCGCGGGGGCUCGCCGUGCACUACGCGGCGCCGCCGCCGCACGUCCGCCAGGCGCGCGAGCGCGUCCACGGCUGGGACCCCAGGGCCCUCGGCUCCAUCGAGUUCCACGACCUCGACGUCCCGGCGUACGACUCCCCGGCCCCGGACCCGGUGGCGGCCUCGCCGUUCCCGAACCACCUCAUGCCCAUGUUCGAGGUCUUCGCGACCGCGGCGCGCGCCCCGCUCGCGGCGCUCCUCGGGCGCCUGUCCACCACCUACCGCCGCGUGGCCGUCGUGUACGACCGCCUCAACGCCUUCGCCGCCACGGAGGCGGCGCGGCUGGGCAACGGCGAGGCGUUCGGGCUGCAGUGCGUGGCCAUGUCGUACAACGUCGGCUGGCUGGACCCGGGGCACCGGCUCCUGAGUGACUACGGCCUCCAGUUCCUCCCCGUCGACGCCUGCAUGUCUAAGGAGUUCGUGGAUUUCAUCCUCCAGGUGGAGCAGGACGAGCAGGGCGCGCCCAUCGCCGGCGUGGUCAUGAACACGUGCCGCGUCCUGGAGGGCGAGUUCAUCGACGUGGUUGCCGCGCAGCCGCCGUUCCAGGGCCAGAGGCUUUUCGGGGUCGGGCCGCUGAACCCACUGCUCGACGCGGACGCCCGGACGCCGGGGCGGGCACGACACGCGUGCCUGGAGUGGCUCGACGAGCAGCCGCCGGCGUCCGUGCUCUACGUCUCCUUCGGCACGACGUCGUAUCUCCACGCCGAGCAAGUCGCCGAGCUUGCGGCGGCGCUUAAGGGCAGCAAGCAACGGUUCAUCUGGGUCCUCCGCGACGCCGACAGCGCCAACAUAUUCGCCGAGUCCGGCGAGAGCCGGCACGCCAAGUUCCUGUCCGAGUUCACCAAGGAAACCGAGGGGGCGGGGCUGGUGAUCACCGAGUGGGCGCCGCAGCUGGAGAUCCUGGCGCACGGCGCGACGGCGGCGUUCUUGAGCCACUGCGGAUGGAACUCGACCAUGGAGAGCCUGAGCCACGGGAAGCCGGUGCUCGCGUGGCCCAUGCACUCCGACCAGCCAUGGGACUCGGAGCUUCUGUGCAAGUACCUCAAGGCCGGCCUCCUCGUGAGGCCCUGGGAGAAGCACGGUGACAUCGUGCCGGCAGAGGCCAUCCAGAAGGUCAUCGAGGAGGCAAUGCUGUCAGACAGCGGGAUGGCGGUGCGGCAACGGGCCAAGGAGCUAGGGGAGGAGCUCCGCGCUUCGGUUGCGCACGGUGGGAAUUCGCGCAAGGAUCUCGAUGACUUCAUAGCGUACAUCACAACAUCGACGCUGCGGACGGAGCAGGUCGCAGAGCUUGCAGCCGCUCUGCGUGACUGCAACCAGCGGUUCAUCUGGGUGCUGCGCGACGCCGACCGCGGCAACGAAUCCGCGGACCACGAUGAGAAGCACAGCAGGCACGCGGAGCUGCUGCCCAUGUUCACAGAGCAGACGCAAGGGAGGGGCCUGGUGAUCACCGGGUGGGCGCCGCAGCUUGAGAUCCUCGCGCACGACGCCACGGCGGCGUUUAUGAGCCACUGCGGCUGGAACUCGACCGUGGAGAGCUUAAGCCACGGGAAGCCUAUACUGGCGUGGCCCAUGCACGGCGACCAGCCAUGGGACGCAGAGCUGGUGUGCAACUACCUCAGGGCCGGCAUCCUCGUUCGCCCCUGGGAGAAGCACAGUGAGGUGACUCCGGCAGAGGCCAUCAGGCAAGUCAUCGAGGCUGCCAUGCUUUCUGACGAAGGAAUGGCUGUGCAGCAGCGAGCAAAGGUGCUCGGAGAGGCCGUCCGUGCUUCCCUGGCUGACGGUGGUUCAUCGCGCAAACACCUGGAUGAUUUCAUUGCUCAUAUCACAAAGUAAUUAAUUGGUAGUUUUCAUAGAUAAAAGAUAAAUCGGUCUCUAUAUUCAUCUGGUGGAUAUAUACAGCUAUGGUUACUAGA